AUAGCGUCACCGCUGCCUGUUUUCCUUUUCGUCCGCCAUCUUGGAUCCUUUCGCACGCUCCCGCCAGGCUCUGCGCUAUAGUUCCCGCAUUCUCCUGCUUCUUGACCUGCCCAGAUCGGGGUCUUUCCUCCCGAGAAGAUGAAAGAAACUAUCAUGAAUCAAGAGAAACUUGCUAAGCUUCAAGCACAAGUGCGCAUCGGUGGAAAGGGUACUGCCCGCAGAAAGAAGAAGGUGGUUCAUAGAACAGCUACAGCAGAUGACAAGAAGCUUCAGUUUUCCUUAAAGAAAUUGGGAGUAAAUAACAUUUCUGGUAUUGAAGAGGUAAACAUGUUUACCAACCAGGGCACUGUCAUCCACUUCAACAACCCUAAGGUUCAAGCUUCUCUAGCUGCUAACACUUUCACAAUCACUGGCCAUGCUGAGACAAAGCAACUGACUGAAAUGUUGCCUAGCAUCUUAAACCAGCUUGGUGCUGACAGUUUGACAAGCUUGAGGAGACUAGCAGAAGCUCUACCCAAACAAUCUGUGGAUGGAAAAGCACCUCUUGCUACUGGAGAAGAUGAUGAUGAUGAAGUACCAGAUCUUGUGGAGAACUUUGAUGAAGCAUCAAAGAAUGAAGCAGUCUGAACUGUCACUUUAAGUAAAACUUGAAAAUUCUAUGGAGCUGCUAUUUUCUAUUGUGACUUAUUUGUUACAUUUUUGUACUGAUCUUGUCCUAAGAUCUGUAAUAUUUGAAAAUGCCCUCAAAUUGCAGCUCUCUUCAGUUAUUGCUAAUGCACGGAGCCUUUAAUUGCAGUUGGGUUGGAUGUACACAAAAUUGAAAAGUAUUAAGUCAAAAUGCUAAUAAAGACUAAAUGUUUAGGCAAA